CAAUGACAAAUCGCGAAAAUGUAAUUCGCAUCGCAUUUUUUAUUUUUAUUCAGUUUUCGAAAUGGCUUCUUUGCGGAGCCCGUCUUCGCCGUCCGACGGAUAUAAAAGGUUUAGUGAUGAUUUCGCAAACUCCAGCAUCAACAAUUACGGCUCAAACGUCACAAAUUCCAGAACAGGAGAUGGCGGCGGAGACACAAAUACAUUGGACAUGGGAAGCCGUUCCUCAUUGCACACCGGUUUGCAAAUGUCAGAGGAUGAGCAUUGGGAGAUGAACUACCAUGAGGCUGCUAUAUAUUUAGAGGAAGGUCUAAACAAUGAGAAGUUCGAUUCGCACCCGUCUAGUCCGGAGGAGUUACCUGCGUAUCUCCGCGUACAUAAUCCUUGGUACCACGGCCUAGACCUCUUAGCAUCACUGGUUUUGAUCCUGCUAGCAUUUACAGAAGAUCCAGCUGUACCUGCUUUCGAGUUACCAGUAUGGGCCCACGGUACCAUAGAGCUGCUAGCCCUUUCAGUGAUCGGUAUUGAGUUGCAUCUCAAACUCAAAUGGAUCGGUUGGGGAACCAUUUUCAAGCAUAAACGAACUAUGAUUAAGGGUCUAACAUUGCUAGUAAUGUUACUAGAGGCAGUUGUAGUUCUUUGCCGACAGUCAUCCCACUUCAGAGUGACGAGAGCAUUGCGUCCUAUCUUCUUGGUGGACACGAGACAUUGUGGUGGCGUAAGGCGAUUCAUAAGACAGAUAUUGCAAUCUUUGCCGCCUAUACUUGAUAUGUUAGGUCUGCUUAUGUUCUUCGUAGCCACGUACUCCCUACUAGGAUACUAUCUAUUCUCUGAGCACAUUGACAAUGGACAUUUUCGGACAUUAAGCGAUUCGUUCGUCAGUAUGUUUGUCCUACUGACAACCGCCAAUUUUCCAGAUGUAAUGAUGCCAUCUUAUGCCAAAUCUAAGUGGUAUGCCGUCUUCUUCAUAUUGUACAUCAUCACAGUUCUAUACGUUCUGAUGAACUUGAUGUUAGCCGUUGUAUACGAGACGUUCACUCGUAUAGAGCGUGAGAAGUGUCGUGCGUUGUUGCUCCACCGACGUGGGGCUGCGCGCCGUGCCUUUCGACUUCUGGUGUCGCGUCGAGCCCCACACGCUGUCAAAUUAAGGCAUUUCGUGGGGCUGAUUAGGCAUUAUGCGCCCCAUUAUAGUGGUUUAGACGUAUAUUUAAUGUUCAAACAACUGAAUCAAUCGGCAACGGGCGGACUCUCCCGCACUGAAUUUGCAAACGUAUACGAAGUAUUUGCGCUCCGUUGGGCUCCGCAAACAUCGCGGGCUCCUUGGUACGCCGAGUCGCCCUUGGAGCCGCUGGGAAGAGCUGCCGCUGUCAUCGUGUAUAGGCCGUACUUCGAGUAUGUCAUAUACGCUCUAAUAAUUGGAAAUGGUCUGGCGAUGGUCCUCCGAGUGCUGGAGGCAGCUGGCGAUCUGCAGGACAGCGCUCGGCUCCUUUGUGCCUCCUGGGACACCUGGCUAUUUCUUACCUUGUUUUUAAUAGAAGCAGGACUUCGCAUAAUGGCGAGUGGUCUCAGCGCGUAUUUAGAGAGCGGUUGGAAUGUGUUCGACUUGAGUGUGACCCUGCUUGCGUUGAUGGGUGCUGUUCUACUUACGAUUGCCCCCAAACUCUUCAUUGUCGUUAUGUUUAGACCGCUUAGAUUAAUGCGCCUAUACAAAUUAAAGAAGAGAUAUAGGGACGUUUUCGGGACACUAGUUUUGCUAUCACCGCUUAUGUCAUCAGCGGGUUGUGUGAUGCUAGUGAUGUACUAUUUCUUUGCCAUUAUCGGAAUGGAAUUAUUUGCUGGAUACAAUUUGAGGAAUUGUUGCAUAAACACAACUGUUGAAGACUUUUACAAAUACUCUGAGAACAGUUCAACACCAUUGGGUUACUACUAUUUAAACAACUUCGAGAACAUUCUCACGAGUGGUGUGACAUUGUUCGAGUUGACAGUUGUCAAUAACUGGUUCAUUUUGAUGAAUGCGUUCGCGAGCGUUGCAGGCCAGCUCAGUCGGUUAUACUUUAUGGUAUUCUACCUAUUUACAAUGGUAGUGCUAACAAUAGUAGUGGCCAGCGUUUUGGAAGCAUUCCGGUUUAGGAUACAAUACAAACGUAGUACUACGAAGAGGGAUGAGGAGAAACUCCUUCAUGAGGAAGUCCAUACAAGUUGGGAGGAAGCUCAACGAAUUGGCGCUACGGGAGACCUUGCAGAACAGCUGAGGACGUAUUUACCACCUGGAAUUGACGUCACGUUUAUCGGAACACGACCUCGUACGAAAGAAGUUUUACAGAGGAGAAUGUACCAAACGGAAAUACAGAAGUGGCUCGCAGAGGAGGAUGAAAAUGAUGAAGUGCAGCCAUCAACAACAGUAACGUCAAGCGAGGAUCCCCUUUCACCGCCAUUGAUCCAGCAGCCUGAUGGAGACAACCAUCACAUACGAAGUGGUUAUCAGUUGUAGAAUCUACUAUUGUUGGCGCUCCACCAACAACUUGCCGAAUUGUGGAACGGCCUGAACAAUAUUGAAGGGGCAUAGGAUUUGGUAAUUAGAUUUUUUUGUGAAUUAAGCUACGGUUUCCUAGAAAAGCGGUGCCGUUAACUAACGGCCGUUAUUUUACGGUUGUUUAUACGGCCUUCUUUACGGUGGCCAAGCUGUGGUUUCCUAGAAAGUAGUGCGACCGUAUUUUUGAAGUGUUAUUCCAAUUUCGUUCCACAAAUUUUGCUUCAUCUGAGCUUGUCUGUACUCUUUGGAUUUGAUAUUGUACAAAACUUCAUGAUUUUUAAGAAAAUCAAUUAAUUAUUCAUCAUUUUCGCUCGUCCAAGUCAUUGUAUUAAUUAAAUAUGCGCACCGCUACACGAGAAAAAAGUUGAACGAAUGUUUAUCAUCACUAUGACGGCCGUCAUGCAAAUUGCACCGCUAUUUGACGUGACACUCUACGUUCUGUAGAAAACCUACUCCGAUGUUAUUUAUAGACAACGUAUGGGUGACGUCACCCAACGUUACAUUACGGCCGUUAGAUAACGGCACCGCUUUUCUAGCGUAGCUUUAGGGAAUUUUCAUGGAUAAUUUUUUCGUGUUUCCGAGCCAGUACGACUUUGGUGCCUUUAAAUGUACCAGAGGUAUUAGAACUGGCCGAGUUGGAGAGGGUGAUCAACGAGUUUAGUGACUUAGAACCCACUGGUAAUAUAUUGGUAUGUAAGUGAUGUAGCGCAAUUACUAUUGUAUAAUAUAGCGCAAUUUGUUGCUCUGCAAUAUAGAGACUUUGUAAUUAGUAUUAUAUAGCCAAAAUAAUCUAUAUAAUCGAUGUUAGAUGAAUUAUUUUUAGCGUCUUAUCGGAUUUAAAAAACAAUAGAUUGAUGUAACACCCGUGAAGCCGCAAAAAAUACAACAAAACGAUUAAUAAAUGAAAACGUAUUUACGUUUAAAUAUAUCUCUAAGACUCAUAAAAAAUGUGUAUUGUAUAAAUACAAAAAGAAUUUUAUUAUGUAUUUAAUUACAAUUGUAUACAUUUAGUUUAAAAAUGGUGAUGUUUUUUUUAUUCUUGGAAUCUUUAAAUAUAUCAUCCCUGAGGCCGUAACUUUUUGUCCAUGCAUCUAACACUCGCUCGUACGGUGAAGGGAAACAUAGAACCUACUUGCCUAAAAAAUCAAAUGCUAAAACACAUACCGAGGCCCAGAUCUAAAACGUUGUAGCACUACUGUAUAAUGCAGUAUCACCCAUUAAGACAAAAGCGGCUUCACACUUGCAUCCGCUCCUAGGCUUUUAAUAAUAUUGCAUAAUUAGGUAUAACGUGGAAUUCGCUUACACUUUGUUACAUAAUGACUCGCGACAACUUGUAACACGAUUUCGAAGAAAUAGAAAUUUGAUUGUUCUAAAUCUGUGCAAUGCUCGUAAAUUUUUUGAUUCGAAACUUAACUUAAUUUUAAUGUAGACAAUAGUACUAGUACAUCAAUAGAGGGUAGCUUUUUUGUCGAAACGAUAAAUGUUUACACUUUUUACAGACCAAGCCUAUUGUGAUUAUAAUUUCGAAUAAUUGGUAUUAGUGAAUAUCUGUGAUAAAUUAUAUUUCUUAAUUUAAUUUACACUUAAUGUGGCAGCUAAAAUGCGGGUAACAGAUAAACAUUUGACGCGUUAAUCGGAGGUAAAAAUCUAGUAUUCUGAAAACACACUUCUAGCUAAUUUAUAUUGUAGAACUACUGAAAAAUGGUUACAUAAAUCAUUUUUCAUAUAGAAUGUCUCUUGAAAUACUAGACUAUAAAUUAUGACUGUAGUAUAUGAAAUUUGCCUUCAUUAGAUGUAAGGAAGUCACAGGUAUAGGUAGCUAGGAAAGCUUUAUGAUAACCACUUCUUGUAGGUUAUGCCAGUCUCCAGCCGUUACAAAAGAAGCAGAUUUAGGCGCCAAAUUAUUACGCUAUACUUUGCUCAUAGAAAACCAAUUUUAUUCUAUUAUUAAAAUGAAAUAGCAUGAUGAUUUUUCUCAACUAUUUAGACGGAUAAAUUUUUAGUCUGUCGACUAAUGCAGACAUUAAUUAUCACGUGAUGAUACAAGUCUGUAUCCGCCAUCUUUUGCGAUAUGUCAUGUGGAUGAUAAGUUCCUCAUAUUGUGGGACAUUCCUUAUUCCCAGAAAAAAAGUAUGGGCCAAUUAAAAAGAUUCUCGUUUUACCAGAUUAUUUUAGAAGUUUUCUUUACAGUUCUAUCCCUGAUCCUCCUCUACCAUACAAAUCAGGCUCUUUUAAACUAUUCAUGAUUAUAAAAUAUUCUUAAAUAAAAUGUUAGCAUGUCUAACAACCUUUCUUAGGUUUAUAAGCCAAAAAGAUUGUUGUGUGAUUGUUUUAUUUUCGAUACUCGGUUAUAUUUAUUGUUUCGAAUGAUAAUUUUAUGUUUAAACGUUGAAUGUAGAUCGUUAUUUUAUUUAUUUGUUAUUAAUUUCCCCAUGUACCAAUGUUACAGGUAUAAACUUUAUCAGCCAUACCAUUUCGAAAAUACAGUACAAUAUUAUGUAUUAAAUAAGUUUAUUUUUUUCCACUGCUAAUGCAACAGUGGUAAUCAUUAACGUAAAUAACAAGAACAAUGGAUGAUUAAUAUUCAGAUUUAGUUGAUAAUUUUAGUCAUCCGCCAUAUUUAAUAAUUAAACGAUUUUUAUAAAUUAUUGUUUUUGACUCUGCUAAACGCAAGAUUGCGACUUGAGAUUUGUUUUAAUAUAAGCGAAUUUACGAUUAAAUAUUCUGAUUUUAUUAAAACACUUAUUAUGUUUACCUUUUCUAGAAAUAAGUUUUCGAAUAAUGAUUUUAAAUCGAUAAGUUUUAACUUUCUCAAUAUGUUUUAUUAACAUAAUGUUAUGUAUAAUUCUAAUGUACAACUAGCAAAGUUGGUCAAUGUUUAAAUUAACAAAAACGUUAUUUUGUGUUGUGAUCUUCCCGUAAUUAUUUCAGUAUUAAUUUUCUCUAAGAAUUAAUUUACAAUAAUUUAUGUUAAAGUAAGAAUAAAUAUAAUGAAUUUAUUAUA